UUCCCGCGUUGUGCUUAGGCCUUAAAGAAUGUUGCAUUCUAACCCUCAAAACAAAAACAAUUUACGACUAAACAAAUUUUUGUUAUUGAAUUAAAUACUUGUUCUCAAACGUUUGCUGUUAUUAUAUUUAAACAAUUUAUGUACCUUUCGUGAAGUAAAUUUUAAAUUAAAGAGAUGGCUGAGAGUAAACUUAAGGAAUUAAUAUUCGACGAUGAUCAAAUAGUGACAUAUACAAGAUUCAGUGAACAAAUGAAUGUUCACGUUAAUGAAUCUAAACGAGUAUUAUGGGAAUUUUGGUGCAGUAACAAAGAAAAUUCUCUUAUAAGUGCAACAUUCGUAAUAAUGGGCCAACUACCUGAUAAUUCUGAUCGGAUAGAAGUUGUUGAAGAAUCAGAUCUGUCUUCAAGGAAAGAAAAAUAUCAAAAGAUAUAUUCGGAACAUAUUUACAGUAUACAAAAAUCAUUAAAGAAUCUGCAAAUGUUGGCACUAACACAACCAUCUUAUACUAAAUUCUCUUCAAUCACUUGUAAAGAAAGUUCUUUAAGGUUAAGCCAAAAAACUUCAAAUGCUCAGUCAAUAAUAAAGUCAACGGAGCCGCCGAAAAAAUCCUUUGAGUCACAAAAAGUCGUUUCCGUGGAAGCGAAAUCUCAUGUAAAAACCCCAGAAAAAGAAGCUUCGAAAACUCCAGAUUCAUCAAUGAUUGACGAAAAGAAAGAGAAAGUAAAUAAAUCACUAACAGUAAAAGAAAAAUCGAAAAAAAGUUCUGAGAAAGUAUCGAAAAAGCCAGUUCAAAGUCGUGAAGCAGGAUUUAAAAGCAUGUUCGCUAAAGUCGCUGAUGUAAAUUCAAAACAUUUGGCUCUACAAAAAGAAAAGGAAGAAUCGCCAAAAAAUAAUACUUCCACUACUGAGAAUAUCGAUAGUCAAACAGAAGAGGAAACAGAGAAAUCAAUUGAAAGAAAAGAAUCAUCAAUGGAGUCUUGCAAAAAAGAAAAAAUAAAGAAGACUAAUCAGAAGAUGCCUAAAAAGAAUGGAAAAAGAAAAGUAGAAGUUGUCAAAGAAUCGAAUAAUACUAAAAAACGGAGGCGAAUUAUCGCCGAAUCGGAUUCGUCAGAAGAAGAAGAAAUGGAAGAAGCCGAUUCGAAUGACUUUGAAGAAGAAGUUAAAGAAAACACAAUAUCUUUUGAGAACACAGAGGAACGUAAAAAAUCGGUAAAUUCACCUGAAACGAAUGACAGGGACGGUAAGCAAACGAUUCAUAAAGUGGAAGACGUUCGUUUUGUUGAUGAUGAUGGUUUUCUUGUUACGAAAAAAGUUCAUGUUACCACAAAAGUUGAUGUUAAAAAAGAUGUUAAAAAAGACCGUUCGCCUUCGCCUAAAAAGUCCAAAGAUAAUAAUGUUAAUAAAAAGCAAACAAAACAAUCAUCACUGAUGAGCUUUUUCAAAAAAAAAUAAUUUUUUUCAAUCAUCAUAAGAGGUUAUUCGUUUUUUUACGUAAUUGAAAUUAAGUAAAUUUAAAAACAAGUGAAAAAUAUUUUUUUUAAUGUUUAAAUGCCAGUUUUUGAUGAAACAACUAAAUUGGAAAUUUUUUUAUUUUUAUUGCUAUAUUUUGAUAUUCAAAAAUGACACUUAAUAUAUUUGAUUGUGAAAUAAAGUAGUAUAUUAUCUACAGCUUAAAACAUUUAUAUUAAAUACAUUUUUAUUUCUAUUAAUAACAGU